AUGACCGUCGACCCUGUGUUUGUUACCAUUACACCAGUUAGUGUUGGCCCAUACCACUAUGUCCCAACGGAGUGGAUCUGUAUCCUUUUCGUGGUGUUGUACAGUAUUUCAACCGUCCUCCACCUGGGCCAGGCAAUCAAGUAUAGACUGUGGUGGAUGAUUCCCACAGCGAUCUUUGCGGGCAUACUAGAAAUAAUGGGAUGGAGUGCCAGGUUAUGGUCGAGCCGGAGCCCCAAGCUUUUGACGCCUUAUGAGAUGCAGCUCGUUGGCACUAUCAUAGCGCCUACUCCACUAGUUGCAGCCAACUUUAUCAUCCUUGGCAAGGUAAUCGGUCAACUCGGACCGCAGUUCAGCCGUCUGACCCCAAAGAUGUAUACCAUUGUUUUUUGCUCCUUUGAUGUUAUUUGCUUGAUCAUACAAGCUAUCGGAGGCGCAUCCGCUGCUCACUCCGCUGGUCAGAAAACAAGUGCUACAAUGGGCGCAAACAUCAUGCUAGGAGGAAUUGCUGCCCAGCUUUUUGCUAUUGUGGUCUACGUCACAUUGGCAGCCGAGUUUUUCUUGCGUUUGAAAUAUGAUGCACCCUUCCGCUAUGUUGACAAGUUGGAGAAAGGUCAACGUCCUGUGAGUAAGCACUUGCUCCUUAUGCUUCACGGCCUGGGAUUCUGCUCCCUCUGCAUUUUCAUUCGAUCCGUGUACCGUACUGUGGAGCUCGCCAACGGAUGGGCUGGGCCAGUGAUUUCGACUGAGCGCUACUUCGACUGGCUAGAUGGUGGCCUGGUCACUCUCGCUAUUUACACUCUCAAUGUCAUGCACCCAGGUAUCUGGCUGAAGAGGGAUGAUUCCGCUGCUCAUGCUUCACAGCAAUCCAUAGACGAAGAAGCUAGUGCGAGCUUAGAUUUAGACUUAUAUUGUCCUUGGACUUUACAACGAAAUGGCUGGACGUUCACGGCUGCUAGUAGACAGUAG